UUGUGGUCUAACCAAACAGAACUAUUAGCCAGUUAUGGUGCUGGCUCUGUCUGGCCUACUACUUGCUGGGAAUCGAUCAGCCAAAAGUUUUCCUCAUUAGAAAAAAGGAAAAAUCCACAGCCUGCAUCGAUUGGAUGGGAUGUAAAUGUGUGUGGUCACUAUAUGAUAAUAUACUAAUGCAUGAAACUGCAAGGUAUCAGGUACACGGUAGGUACAAUAAAUAACCACCAGGGUAGGGAAUCCUAGUGCUUAUACUUGUAUUAAGCAAACAUGACCAUUGCUGAACAAUCGAUCUAUCGGCCGAUAUUUCAUUUGUCUUUCAAUUCCAACAUCUCUCUAGUUGUUUGUUCAUUUAGCGGUGUGUUCGUCUCUCAUGCACAUUAUUUUCAUUAUAUAGCUAUUGAUCCUUCAUUCUUCUGCCUGCCUCUGAUAUAUAGAUGCAUGCAAGUCUGGCUCCGGCCAAUUCUGUGCGAAUGAUAACAAUUUACGGGAAUUGCGUAUUAUUGGGCUUAAUGAUAAGUCUAUCACAUUACUGGCAAAUGGAGGAGGCAAAUAUGUGAGUGUGACAGUGUGAAUCAUGUCAGCCCGGAGCUCAGAGAGAGAGAGAGAGAGGCCGGUGGGCAGUUGGCUCAGUAGAACACAAACCACUUGGCAGAAUGUUUAUUUUAUGCAGAACCAGGAAACGAUCCGCAGGAACAAUUCUCCCCUUUUCCUUAUCUUCCUAUGGCAAAUAUCCUGUGUGUUUGUCAUGUCGGGAGCAGGAGGCAACAACUCACAGCUUCCUCCUUACAAAAGCGAGUGACUUCACUUCCCAAAAUUAGCUGAAAAAAGUUUCAUCCGGUUAUAGCUGUCUGUCUGUCUGUGUCUGUCUCCCGGCCGCGAGAGAAUCCUGGGAGGUAUCGGCUAGGCACUGGGAUACUGUACAGCCGGGUCAAUGUGUGGGAAGGUCUCGGGCUCUGCUCAACUCAUAGACACAUGGACGGGACCAUUAAGGAAGCUCUGUCUGUGGUGAGUGACGACCAAUCACUUUUUGACUCAGCGUAUGGAGCAUCAUCUCAUCUCUCCAAAGCUGACAUGACUGCAUCAGCAAACCCUGAUUAUGGUCAGCCCCACAAAAUCAACCCCAUACCCCCUCCACAGGACUGGAUCAACCAACCUAUGCGGGUUAACAUUAAAAGGGAAUAUGAGCACAUUAAUGGAUCCAGGGAGUCACCUGUGGACUGUAGCAUCAGCAAGUGUAGCAAACUUAUUGGUGGGUCGGAGAGCAAUGCAAUGACUUACAACAGCUACAUGGAUGAAAAGAAUGGCCCUCCUCCCCCAAAUAUGACUACAAAUGAAAGGAGAGUUAUUGUACCUGCAGAUCCCACCUUGUGGAGCCAGGACCACGUACGCCAGUGGUUGGAGUGGGCAAUUAAGGAAUAUGGACUUGUGGAAAUUGACUGCACCCUCUUUCAGAAUAUUGAUGGCAAGGAACUGUGUAAAAUGAGCAAAGAGGAUUUCCUGCGGAGCACAUCCAUAUAUAACACAGAGGUUUUACUUUCUCAUCUCACCUACCUCAGGGAUAGUAGCUCAUCAUUGGGUUAUAACACUCAGGCACAUACAGACCAGUCAUCACGUUUGACAGCCAAAGAGGAGCCCUCUUAUGAAGCAGUAAGGAGGUCUGGAUGGGGAAAUUCCAUGAGCUCACCUGUCACAAAAAGUCCUCCCACAGGAGGAACCCAAAAUGUGAAUAAAAGCGUGGAUCAGCAACGUUCUCAGCCAGAUCCAUACCAAAUAUUAGGGCCCACAAGCAGCAGACUGGCUAACCCAGGGAGUGGCCAAAUUCAACUGUGGCAGUUUCUCUUGGAGUUAUUAUCUGACAGUUCAAACGCUAGUUGUAUCACAUGGGAAGGCACUAAUGGAGAGUUCAAAAUGACCGACCCGGAUGAAGUAGCCCGACGUUGGGGUGAAAGGAAAAGCAAGCCCAACAUGAACUAUGACAAGUUAAGCCGAGCACUAAGAUACUAUUAUGAUAAAAAUAUAAUGACUAAAGUCCAUGGUAAACGUUAUGCCUACAAAUUUGACUUUCAUGGCAUUGCUCAGGCACUGCAGCCUCAUCCAACUGAUACUUCAAUGUACAAAUACCCUUCAGAGUUCUCUUACAUGCCUUCUUACCAUUCACAUCAACAGAAGGUUAAUUUUGUCCCUUCACACCCAUCCUCUAUGCCGGUAACACCAUCAGGCUUCUUUGGAGCAACUUCUCCUUACUGGAAUUCACCAAGUGCAAAUAUUUAUCCAAACCCAAAUGUGCCACGUCACCCCAAUACCCAUGUGCAGUCACACUUAGGAGGUUUUUAUUAGACAUGUUCCUUAUGUCAGAUGACUUAACGGAGUAUUUUUUAUUGACCUGGAAAAUAUCAAGUUUCUUGGAUAAUUUCUGACCUUGAAGACAAAACUGUCUCAACUGGACAUAAGAGCAGUAUUUUGCCAGAUACUUUUUUCCUCUGUGCCAAAAGUGGAAAUUGAUAUUUGUGGGCCAGUAUUACUUAAAACUUUCACUUGCCUUGACAUGUGAUAUGAAGAAAAAGCAAGUAAACCGCUCCAUGUGCGCUAACCAAACGUAUGCUCUUUAGUAAAUACCAGUUCCUUCAAGCAAGUGAUUUUAAAGACAUUAUUCUGCCUCGGAACAGAAGCACUGGAUGGCAAUAGUAAUACAUUUUUAAACCAACUGGAAAAAAUAAAAUAUUAUUAUUUGUAAUGCUCACUAGGACAUUUCUACCACCUCCUCUGGAAUGUACAGGCUAUGGUUCGCAAAAUUUGCUGCGUUAAACAAAAAUAUAGAAUAUAUGGUAAUUCAUCUCACUGCCAGUCAGGUUACUCGAAAAAUAUUACAAACAUACUCAAUGGACUAAUGAUGUAGAAAAAUUAAAUCAUCAGGUGAAUGUAAAGCUUUAUAGUGAAAAGGACCUAAUGAGUAACUUAAUAAUCAGCAAGUAAAGUUAACUUUUUGUUUUUAAUUUUAGUUUUAUUUACACCUUAACUUUGAUAGUCAGUAUAUGAUAAUUAAGGAGCUCUUACCUGGAUAACAGUAGUUCUACAAGUUCUGAAUAGGCAAACGGUUUGAAUCCUAUGAAAACAGUUGGCAAUAUUUUGUUUUUUUUACUUUUACAGAGGUUGAGAGAUUGAGCCACUAUUAUUAAUGACCACACUGUUUAUUUUACUUGGUCACUAAGACCGCAAAAUGAAAAUACCCUAAAAACAUUACAUAUGAUUUUGUAUGCACUUCUCAAAGUUUGGAAAAGUUUAUUAAUAGAAUAGUUUUGUUUAAUAUCAGCAGCUACAUAUUUCUGGCAGCAAAGGAACAACUCACAUAAUCUGUGCACUGCAUGAGACAUUAGCUAUAAUUUUCAUGGUAGUACUUUUGGGGGUAGUUCAUGAAUAUCUAUUAUCUAAAGAUCCAGCAACUUUAAAAGAGAAGGAAAGCUCCAAGACAGUUUAUUGCCAACAGAUUAGCCACAAUAGUGCAAGCUAGAACGCUAUAUUUAUUCUGCAGAAUGC